AAGUCAUCGAAGUAUCAAAUUACCGAAAUUUUGCGAAAUCUAAUCAGAUUGUAUCAAAUUUCAUUGGAAUUUUUCUGAUUUUUUGACGUAAUAAUAUUUGCAGAAGGGAAUUCCACAUUUCCACAGAUGACUAAGGGAAGCAUUCUAGCUUUCUUUUAAGUGAUGCUACUAUAUCUACGCAAUGAAAGUCUCUACAGAAUCGAUACGAUCGAGUUGAUAGAUGGCUGUUAUCCACGGAUAACGUACGAUGUAGGAACAUUUGGUAGUGAUGGAGUUCGCUCACCGCCUCCAACAGAAGAAUAUUCCGUGUCAGAUCUCAACGUUGAACCUGCUCCAUGGGGUAUUAUCUUGAUUUUGGACAGAGUGUGUGUCGACGUGAAAAGACGACGGUUUUCCUGGGCUACGUCAAGCGUUGGAAAAGUAUUAGAUGACGAAGGUACAGAAGAUCUUUUGCAUAGGACACAUUAUGCUGACGAUGAUCGUUACCAAUACGAUGAUAAUAUUGACGAACUAUUUAACCUUGCUGAGCACCUCAUUAAAAUCAGCCAUUCACGUACAAAUAACGCAAGAGAGGGUCAUGAUGAGCAAUCCUCUUUAAUAAGGAUGUUAUAUUGCUGUAUUUUACCAAAAAUACUAAUAUAUAAAAAAGAUUGGACAAGAGUUGAAAGGGCUGUGAAGCAACAGAUGUCUUAUAUCACAAAACGUGAGCAAGAUAUUGAACGUGACUCACAAACAUUGGAUGAAUCCUACAAGGUUCUGUUCUUGCAACAAGAUGAAAGAUUGCAUCGAUUUGAAUCCAUUGCAUCAGAGAAAAAAUGUACAGAGAGAUUUGUUAUAGCUCUUGAUACAGAUUUACAGAAAAGAAAACAUCAACUUUUUGAAAAGAUUGACACGAAUCAGGGGGUUGUUCAACAACUCAAAAAUGAUAUUCAAGGCAAUGGCGAGACUGAAGAGAAAAAACAACAGCUUGCAGAGGCACGAAAACAAAGCGCUAACAUGCAUGCCUUGUUGCAAAAGAUACUGAUGGCAUCUGCAGAUACAUUAAAAGAAGCAUUGGACAGUGGAGGAUUUCAGUCUAAGGAUAACGAGACUGUUGUCUUGGAAUAUCUUUCUUCUAGAGAAAUGUCACUGCGACAGAAAGAAAGGGCAACAUAUCAAAUGGAAAAGAAGGUUCGAGCAAUGAGUAUUUUGGCGAACUUGGAACGUAUUAAAGAUGACAUAAAUAACGAUGGUGUGGCCAGUGCAAUACCUAACAGAUAUAUGGGAGUACGACCAACUGAUGUAAUCAGCGACAGUCAUGUUCCUGAGUAUCAGACAUUGAGCGAACGUGUCGCCACCAUUGUAAGAAACCCGGAACAUCCGCUUGGCGAAGAGUUUGAAAAGUUCACAAGACACAUACGAGAAUACUGUCAGCUGGCUUUGAAAAACGCAGAAUUGGCAAAAGGUGGCACAGACGCGCGAAAGAAGCACUCGUCGAGACAUGGCAAUGGUUUCCUUGUUGUCGAUUAUGACGGGACAAUAGAAGAAGAGUUAUUGACGCCAUUGGAAAACCUUUGUAGUGAGAUUAAGAAUCACUGUGAUCAAUUAGCUCGGCUCUUUUUAGAGCAAUUUAAUAGCAUGAACUCUGAGCUACUACGACGCAAAUUACAACUGUGUUAUGAAGAGAAUUUCUAUAAUGAGGUUGGUAAAGAUAUUAUGAAAGUUUUCGAGACGGCUUAUCGAAAAUACAAAGAUAAAAUGAUUCACGAUUUAAAUAUACUCAAAACGUACCCAAUCAAUUGCUUGGAUUUACAAAUGAAGAAUGAAUGGUGGCUGGAAUUGUUCGAGAAACGUCGUCAGGUGAAGGUCGCCAGCGAUCGUUUGGCAAAUAAAUCCAUUCCAAUAAAGAUGGACUCAUGUACACCACCGUCAAGUGAGACCUCUUCUAUCACCUCGAGUUCAUCGCGAUCCUCGCGCUCGUCCUCGAAAGACCAUGGAAACGAGUCUCGUAGUUCAGAUCCUCGGUCAAAUAAGACACUCCGGAGAAUUAUGAACUUUGUUCGGAGAAAAUCCAGGGAUGUGACCGAAUCACUGAACGAUGAGGAUUGUAGAGAGAGCAAGGUUUCGUGUUUUGAUGAUUAUGAGAGGUACAGAGCGGAUAACAUGUCAGGCGCUAUCGUGACAAAUGGUGGUACUUUAACUAAUAACGAAAAAGAAAAUCACAUUUCCAAUAACGAACAAAGCAUCCCUGAUGAUAUUUCUACUACCGAAGAUGAACACGCUGUGAACGGAAAGCCCGGAGAUCUCAUCUUAAAUUCUGGCUCAUCUGCGGACGAGAAUGAUGUGGAAGAUAGUCAGGAGAAUGCCAAAGAAGAAGAGUCCAAGUUUCAAAAUGAACUCUCCAAAUUCGCCAAGUAUUUUGGCCCAUCUUUGGAUUCUCUGAAAGACAUUUUCAAGAUGUCGUCUGUGUUUGAAAAACUGAAAUGUCUCAUAGACUCCGUAACGAAAGUCACGGACUCCGUCCAGAAGUUGAGAAGUGACGUUUUAGAGAUCGAUGACAAUGACUACUCGCUAGCGAUAACGGCUGAUGAUUUGUUGCCGUUGAUGGUUCUUAUUAUGUUACAAAUGGACUCAGAAGAUGCAGCCAGUAUCGUUGUCGAACUGAAGAUGAUGCAGGAAUUAAUUCCGAAAUUCCUAUCGGUCGGUUGUCAUAAUUGGGCACUCGUGGAAUUCGAAAUGGCAAGCAGGGUUCUACAAUCAUUGUGUACACAGUUUGACUGGAGUACUUCAUUUAGUUCGUCUUAACCUCCUUGCAUUAAAUAUUCAACAUCGUUGUGCCCAGGCAACGAGAUGUUUAUCGACAAGGUUAAUGUUGAUGCACACAUGAACUAGCCUAUAAUUUUGUACUAUUUUUAAACCCAUGCUUGGGACCCCCCCUAGGCCUGGACUCAAGCAAGUUGCCCUCAUUUGCACCCACCCACCCCCUCAGAGGCAUUCUUGCUAGGAAUGUAAGAUAAAUAGAAAAGGAGGAUAGUUUAUCCUUAGACUUUAUCGGGUAGUUUAAUUUAAUGACUUGCAGUGUGACUGUUGAUAAUUUUUUUUACAUUUUCAAUAAAAUAUAAUUUAACUACAGCUCAAUCUUUUGUUCAUUUUGAUGCCAUUUUUUGCACAAAUUUCAUUGUCUUUCUUAGUAAAGUACAUUUAGAUAGCAAUCAAGACAAUGCUGUUUCA